GGAGAAGGAACGCGAGGCGGGGAAGAGGCAAUGUGGGCAUUGCCCGAACCCAAGAUGGCUGCCGCAGCGCCACGGCACUUCAAGACGGGUCACCUGUUGAAGUAAAAGCCCGGGUGUUUCAUUGGCUCCGCAGGGCCGGGCCCUGAGCCGUUGACCGUCGCCAAUCUACCCCCCUGGGGCUGAGGGAGAAAGGGUAAACUGUAAGGGCCGGAGUGGCGGCGAGAGGCGGCUGGUCGGCGUCGCUCCCUCUGACUCGCCGCCUCAGCCAGGCCAGGCCCGAGCCCGACGGGCUUCGUCCCCGCCCCCGGCUCCUCUCCUCAACUCGGCAUGGAGGACCGGGGGGGCGGCGGCCGCAGGGAGAGACCGCGAGCCGGAGAAGCGGAAGAAGGCAAGGAGCCGGCAGAGACCGCGGCGGGAGAGGAGGAGGAGGAGAAGGCGGCGGCGGGAGUGACUGUGACGAUUACGGAGCCAGAAGGCGGCGAGGAGGACGAGGAGGAGGACGAAAGCGAGGCUGAGGAGCGGGACACCGAGUGGAGCUUCGUUGACAUGGAGACGGUGUCCCUGCGCGACCUGCCCACGGCGCUCAUCGCCUGCAACCUGCCCUUGCCUGUCUUCUUACCCGAUGGCCACUGCAAGGCAAGAUUUGAAGCACUCUUUAGAACAUAUGACAAAGAUGUCACAUUUCAGUAUUUUAAAAGUUUUAAAAGAGUACGGAUAAACUUCAGCGACCCUUUGUCAGCAGCUGACGUUAAAAUUCAGUUACACAAGAAAGAAUUUCUUGGAAAGGAAUUGAAAUUGUAUUUUGCUCAGACUUUGCAUAUUGGAAGUUCACGCUUAGCACCACCAGAUCCAGAAAAACAAUUUCUGAUUUCACCUCCAUCUUCUCCCCCUGUUGGUUGGACUCAGUCUGAUGAUGCUACACCUGCCAUUAACUAUGAUCUUUUAUAUGCGAUCUCCAAACUAGGACCAGGGGACCAGUAUGAACUUCAUGCUGCAACAGAAACUACUCCCAGUGUUGUUGUCCACGUGUGUGACACGAACGAAGAACGUGAGGCAGAAGCAGAGAGAAAAGACGCCAAGAAAGCAAAACCCAAACCAAAAAUUAUUCAAACCAGAAGGCCAGACUAUACUCCUUCUUACCAAAGUUGAACUACGUAGAGCUUUGAAAUGUUCCAAACUUGCAUGCUCAAGGGAGACAUUGAGGAAAUGACGUCAUAAAUCUGAUGACAUUAGAGGUGGAAGCAGCAAUUCUAACAUACAGAUGUUUUAAGAAAGGGAAUGUCUUCAUUUGUUUGUUUUAAUGCUGCACGUUGGCUGACAAGACCAAUCCCAAAAUGAACUUCUGAAUGGUUGUCCUGGAGAAUGAUUAAAUAGUGGCAUUGGGGCAAAAAGCAUGUACUGUUGUGCUUUAGGGCUAUUUUCAGAUACUCCAGACUUCUGUUACAAAGCAGCUGAGGAUGCCUUCCCUAUUUAUGUAUGUCCCUGAUAAAGUCCUCCAAUUCAUAAGUUAGCAUGGUUGCCAUUCUAAAAUACACUCACUGAUAAAUACACUCCAUUGGAAUCAGUAGGGCAUACAAAUAAGUAUGUUAGAGAUUGCAGCUUGUAUAUGACUUAUGGUGGUAAAGAGAUGAUUUUAAUGCAAAAGGGUGAUGUCCAACAUUAGUCAUAACCCAAGUUGACCCAUUGAAAUCAGUGGACUUGAUGUGUCUACUCUGAGUAUGACUAACAUUGAAUAUUAACCACAGUAAGAUAUAUUUAAUCAUUUUUCCUAUUAGAUUUUGUGCAUGCCUGUAAAACUUGAGAAGUUUAACUUCCUCUGCAUUUUCCAGUUUUACAUUAUCCCAAAUACUGAUUUCUCAGUUUUCCUUCUGAAUUAUGUUUGCAUUGGCAUUCAUUUUUCAGUGGGGACAGAUUUUUAGUGAAGUUAUGUGCAAUAUCCCCUUUUAAUGUUAACUGCCAAUGCAUGGUUUAUCUAGAAAACCUAUAAAACACUUGUGCACAUUUUAAGUGGGUUGACAAUUUUAAAUUAUUCUAAAUGACAUUAUUUAAUAUUGAUUUAAAAUACCUUGAAUUCUUUACCGAUCUGAAGUACAAGAUAAAG